UUGACACUAGGAAGGAAAUCAAACGGAAACCUUGUACCAUGCUUGUACCUGUUUGUAAUGUUUUUGAAAUCCAUUUACAAAAUAAAUAAUUUAUUUAGUAAAAGUAAAUUGUUGGUACAAAACCGUUAUUUUAGUUCUAUUAAUAUAGCUGCAACCAACAAGUUUAACAAUAUGAAAAUCGGCACUCAUGACGGUGUUUUUCAUUGUGAUGAUGCCCUAGCUUGCUUCAUGCUGAAACUACUGCCAGAGUAUAAAAAUGCAGAAAUUGUGCGUACACGAGACACCAGUAAACUCGAAGAAUGUGACAUAGUGGUGGAUGUAGGAGCUGAAUUUAAUCAUGAUAAAAAAAGAUAUGAUCAUCAUCAGAGGGAGUUUACUGAUUCGUUAAGUUCACUAAGGCCAGAGUUAGGCAAUAAAUAUAAAAUAAAAUUAAGUUCAGCUGGUUUAAUAUACACAUAUUAUGGAGAACAAGUUUUGCAACAACUUGCUCCAAAGGAAGUCCCAUUAACUGCUGCGGAUCUGAAAAUUAUUUAUAAAAAGGUGUAUGAAAACUUAAUAGAAGAAAUCGAUGCUAUUGACAAUGGUGUACCAAUAGCAGGUGAAGAACCUAAAUAUAAGAUACGCACACACAUUAGUGCAAGAGUUGGCAGACUCAAUCCAGAGUGGAACUCCAGCCAGAAUAUCAAUUUAGAUGAGAGCUUUGGGAAAGCUAUGAAAUUAGUAAGUGAUGAGUUUUUACACACAGUGAAUUAUUUUAUAUCAGUAUGGUUGCCUGCGCGUGAUUAUGUUAAAUCAUCUUUGGAAAAUAGGUUUCAAGUUCAUGCAUCUGGAAAAAUUUUAGAGUUUACAGAGAGAUUUCCAUGGAAAGAGCAUCUUUUUGACUUGGAAACUGAAAUAGGUAUUGGUGGUGAGAUAAAAUAUGUUUUAUUCAAUGACAAACCUAAAUCUUGGAGAGUACAGGCUGUUCCAGUAAACCCUACAAGCUUUGUAACCAGGAAACCUCUGCACCCUAAGUGGUGGGGCGUUAGAGAUGAGUUAUUAAGUGGAGUGGCAAAUAUAGAAGGUUGCAUCUUCUGCCACAGCACUGGCUUUAUAGGUGGAAACACCACUAGAGAAGGUGCACUAAGAAUGGCUAUAGGUAGCUUAGAAGCUGAAGAUCAAAAGUGAUGUAUCAAUAAUGAGUAUUAAAAGACAAUAGGCAUUUUACGAGUUUCUCUUCUGAUCCUUAUUCAUCUUAGAUUAAAACAAAAAGGGAUGAUACGGGAUGCUAUCUCUCUAGUGCUAAUAGUCUCCAAGCAAAACCGAGGACGGAGUUGACGAAACUAUAGGGAUUCCUUGUUAGAACUACGGAACCCUAAAAAAGGCAGACUUAUGCGAUGCGACUUAUGAUCAAAAGCAGCGGAAAAAGUAAAUGUAAAUUGACUGACACUAGGACUUGGCAGAAAUAGAGGAAGGUGCUGUGGUGAAGUAGGUAAUAAAGGAAUUUAAUUUCUGUCAUAGGAUGAUUUGAUAAAUCGAAUUUUCGCGAACAUAUAAAAUUCAAUUCAAAAUUCAAUAUCGUUUAUUUAGUCUAGGCUGUUACAAGCACUUGUUAAUGUCGAAAAGCUACGCCAUCGUUUCGCAAAUCUACGGUGGGAGAUCUUGUACUGAGAAGAACCGGCAAGAAACUCAGCAAGGGCUGUUUUUUUCUCCCUGUAUUAUAUACAGAGUCGUCAAAUUGAAAAAUGACUUCAAUAUCAGGUAACUCAUAAAGUCACUUUCCAUUACAAUGCAAAUUAUAUAAAAAUUAUAACUAUAUAAAAAACUGGUUUAACAAAGUUUAGUAAUGCCGUGUCCUACAGUUUAGGCAAAAAAAAAAUAAUAAUUAACGAUUAUAAGUUUAGUACAACGAUUAAUAGUACCCAAUGAAGCAAGAGCAAACUCAUCUCCGCUGGCAGCACCCGUUCACGAGCAUGACGCAUGAACCAGCCAUCGCUUCGUUCAACCAUUUUUUAGGGAACGGAACGACCCGCCUCGCAACACACCACCGAAGAGAUUUUUAAGAGAGCAUGAAUUCUCAUAACCACACAUUAAUACUAUGUAACAAAAAUAGAAAAAAAAAUUGUGUGUGUCAGCUCCGACGCACGACCGGAGUUUACAUUCUAAAAACGAUUGUCUUUGAACAGACACAAAACAAAAUCAAGUCCGAAGAAGUCGGUUACAAGUAGAGAUACCUCAGGAAUCGUCCCAUGGUUUCGACUAUCAUAUGGCGGUGUGGUUCCUACAUGCCAUUCACUAAAUAAAUGUUUACGUUCUAUCUAGCCAAAGAAUUUUUUUACUUAUAUUUGUAUUACUUAAGUAAAUUAAAAAAUAAUAAUAAUAAAAGAUUGACUUAAUUGUUCAUAAUAUAUGUAACCUGCCAAACAGUUUUAAUAUAUUUAUAAUGUAAAAAGUAACAUUAUAGGUUUAGAUCCCCUGAUUACUAAUCUAUGGCGCACAUUUACUAAGAAUGCUGUGGUUGCUCUAUAGAUUAGAUAAUAAAAAUAAAGCAAUGUGAUUAGUUGUAAAUUUUCCAUAAAGUAAAAUUAUUAUUUAUCUUAUUGGAUACGACUUUAGCGCUUUUUUUAAAAUAGGCGCACUUGCCCCGUUUUGAGAGGCAAGUGCGCCUAUGGCCAUGUUUUUAAAUUUAUUACAAAAUAUCGUAAAAUUUAUGGUAGAUUUGACUGCAUCAAUAGUCAUUGCAGUUACAAAAUACCAAAUAUUGUUAAUGUUAUAUAUAAAAACUCAUAAGUCAAUAUUUAAAUAAAUUAUUUUGCAUCGAAAUCAUCUAUGCAAAAAAUAUGGCGCAAUUUCCCCGACUGACCUUAUGUCCUCACUUUUUGAAUACAAUUCUAAUUCUAGGUCUUUGCCAGCCAAACCUUGUAUAUUUUGAUGAAUAAUAUUAAUACCUCUUUUAUUAGGUUUGGCUGUUGUCUUUAAGCUCAGUUUAAAACUGGGCUGGUUAAGCUAUUAAUAGAGUUAAUAUUUCUUUUACUGGAAAUACUAACACUAUUUUGUCAAAUAGAGUUAGUUAUACCAUGUAUAACCGUAUUCUGUAUUUUAAAAGCUAACAAAUUAGCUAUCUGGGUGCUAAAUUUCUUUGCGAGAUACAUAGUAUCUGUAGUCAACUUAAAAUAUCUAAUAUAUUUAUUUAUAUCAAAAUAUAAAAAUACGUCACUAUGACUAUUAAUUAAAUUAAAAAUACUUAAAUUUAAAUUAAAGAAUUAGGUUCAGAUUGUAUUUUCAAUAAGUGCUCAACACUUUUUGUAAUGUCCCGUUGAUAAUCUGGAACUGUCACCACACAAAAACAAUAGGUUAGUAUAACUAUCCACAUUAUGGUGGGUCAAGUUAUUUACAAUUUCAUUAAAUGAUUUUCCAGGAGUACAUAUAUUUAUAAUGUUUUCAUCACUGGAAUUUUUAAUUAAUAGUCCUAGCCCCUGACCUAACUUGUCUGAGAAUAUAAUUGUUUUAUUUUUAUUCAAGUUUGAGUUUUCAGAAAGCGCUGGCUUGAAAGGAGAGUUAUUAUAUGUGGUACCAAUUUUUUGUAUAUAUACCGA